CUAUGGUCUCUGGGAGGCCGGAAGUGGGUGCUUGGCCGUGAGGGCAGAGUCCGGCGGGAGCUUAUGGCGGGGAGUACGGGGGAAGGUCCCACGUCCGUGCGGGGCAUCUACGAGGCCCUGGGCUACGGGCCUGCGCGCGAGGGGGCGGGGCCGGCCCAGGUAAGGGCUGCCCCGCCUCCAGGGGGGCUGGGGGGCUGCCCGGACGCCUGGAUUCUUUACCAGGCCUGGCUGGAUGCCCACGGUCGGAGCUUGGGGCAUUUCAUAGAUGGCAAGUGGUCCAAGCCAGAGGGUCGGGAGACAUGGGUUUGCAAGAGCCCGGCCACAGGCAAGUCACUGGCCACCACCCUCCAGGGCCAGCGGGAGGAUGUGGAAGCCGCUGUCCAGGCUGCCACCAAGGGCUUUGAGACCUGGAGCCAGCUGGCCUGCCAUGCCCGAGCACGGCACCUGUAUAACCUGACCCGGAUGAUUCAGAAGCACCAGAACACCCUCACGGUCCUGGAGAGCCUUGAUACUGGGAAGCCUGUGACAGAGGCCCGAGUCUGUGACCUGCCCUUGAUUGUCCGCCACUUUUACCACCAUGCAGGCUGGGCCCAGCUCAUGCGGGUGGAGAUGGGGGGCUGGGAGCCCCUUGGGGUGGUCUCAACCAUAAUUCCCUCUGGUUCCCCAUUGGUGCUGCUGGCAUGGAAAGUCUGCCCUGCCCUUGCUAUGGGGAACACAGUGGUGGUGUUAGCUCCGCCCACUGCCCAGCUCUCUGCCCUGCUGCUGGCUGAGCUCUGUACCCAGGCUGGGCUUCCCUCGGGCAUCCUCAAUGUGAUCACAGGGGCCGAAGCACUGGCUGGGGUCCUGGCCACCCACCCUGGGGUUGAUGCUAUAGCCUUCACCGGCUCUGCUGAGCUGGGCCGCAGCCUGCGCCAAGUGACAGCCGGACUGGGGAAGAGGCUCUCCCUGCAGCUGGGGGGCAGGACCCCUGUCCUCAUAUUCGAGUCAGCUGACCUGGACAGCGCUGCCACGGAGCUGACAGACACCCUCAGCUCCCACCGGGGCCUGUUGCUGGGUGGAGGGGCGCCCCUCAUCCUGGUGCAGGAGGCCGUGGCUGGGGCCCUGGUGCAGCGGCUGAAGGCAAGGCUGGGAGCACUACGUGUGGGGGAGGCACUGGACAGAACCACAGAUGUUGGGGGCCUGGUGGACGAGGUGUGGCGGGCAGCUCUGCAGGCCCACGUGGAUGAAGCAGAGGCAGAGGGGGCCGAGGUCUUCCAAUCAUGGCCAGCCCUCCCAGCACAAGGGUCCUUCUAUCCCCCAACUCUGAUCAUUGAAGCAGACACCACCUCACGCUGCGUCCGGGAAGAGGUCUUUGGGCCAGUGCUGGUGGUACUGCCUUUCCGGACCACCAAGGAGGCCAUUGCCCUGGCAAAUAGCACCCCAGGUGGGCUGGCUGCCAGCAUCUGGACCGAGAAACUGCCCCUGGCCAUGGAGGUGGCCUGUAGCCUGCAGGUUGGCACAGUCUGGAUCAACGGGCAGAGCAUGUAUGACGCAGCUGCCAGCUUCGGAGGCUGCAAGGAGAGUGGGUUCGGGUGCAGUGGGGGCAAAGAGCUGGCCUGGCUUCCCCUCCAGGGCCUGUAUGAAUAUGUGCGGCCAAGCUGGGAGAGCCGGAUCCAUUCCAGAGCUACAGACAUGAACUACAAAACUUUUGCUGCCUCCAGCAGUGCAGCUCCCUUCCACGUGCCUGGGCAGGCCAAGGACCCCCACAGUGGGCCAACUCAGGAGGCACACAGACCAAGCGUGGACCGCACCUAUAAGCUGUACUAUGGGGGGGCCCAGAAGCGCUCCGAGGGUCUGUCUUCCCGCCCCAUCCUCGACCCCACCGGCCAUCUGAUGGCAUACAUCGCUGAUGGCAGUGCCAAGGACGUCCGCAAUGCUGUGGAGGCUGCACACAAGGCAGCACCGGGGUGGAGGGGGCGGUCGGCCCACGCCCGGGCACAGGUACUGUUCUACAUGGCAGAGAAUCUGGGGCUGCGGCAGGCGGAGCUGGCAGCUGAGCUGGCAGCACUGAUGGGGGCGACCCCUGAGCAGGCUGCCCAGGAGGUGGAGCUCAGCCUGGAGCGCCUCUUCCACUGGGCAGCUUCCUGCGACAAGCAUGGGGGGGGCCUGCAGGACACCCCCUUGUAUGGCACCAACCUGCUGCUCCGGGAGCCCCUGGGCGUGCUGGGCAUCGUGUGCCCUGACGAGAACCCACUGCUCAGCUUCAUCAGUCUGUGGGCGCCUGCUGUCGCAUGGGGCAAUGCCGUGAUCAUCAUCCCCAGCCAGUGCUACCCACUGCCUGCCCUGGGGCUGUGCCAGGUGCUGGACACCUCAGAUCUCCCUGGGGGGGUGUUGAAUGUUAUCACAGGUGACUGUGACCACCUGGCCCGGACGCUGGCCCUGCAUCAGGACGUCCAGGCCCUUUGGUACUUUGGCUCCCAGCAGGGCUCCCAGUUGGUGGAAUGGGCCUCGGCUGGGAACCUCAAGCGGACGUGGGUGAGCUGCGGUGCCCGGCGGUGCUGGGAGGACCCAUCUCAGGGAGCAGGCGAGGAGUUCCUGAGCCAGGCCACCCACUGCAAGAGCAUCUGGGUGCCCAUGGGCGAUGUGUUUGCCAACUGAGCCAUAUGGACCCCAUGCACCUGCCCCCAGCACCUGCGAGGGCUCCAAUAAAUGUGCUCAGAAGUU